AUGGAGAAGUACCCGGGAAAGAUCUCGGUGGCCUUGUUAUCCUCGCACGCGCCCGAAAGGCCCCUGCUCGACGGAAAACGGAAUCCGGCCGCUGCUGUGAAGGAACGGCUGCUGCGAACGAGGGCUGACGGGGUGCCGCUGACGUUCGGGCUGUCUGCUGCAGCUCGAAAAGGAGAACGAGGGCCGCAACUGCUUGUGAAGGUCGCCAACAAGAAUUCAUCUCGUCUUGUUCGUCAGCGGAGGACAGAGGUUCAUGGUGGGGACUCGCGAACCGGUGGAGAAAGGCAGCGGCGACUGGUUCACGUGGCCCGACGGAUGCUCGCCGGAUUCGCAGUCACGAGGAGGAGAGCGAUCGACGAUGGUUCUUCACGAUGGGGCUGGCGGAGCUUCACGACGAGAGGACUGGUUCUUGAUGGAAGGUGGUCGCCGGAGUUCGCUGCUGGCCUGCGGUGGCGUGAGGGCUGCAAGUCGCCGGCAGAGAAUGGCAGUUCGCGGCGGAGAAUCGCGCAAGGGUUGUCGGCGUCUGGCUUUUUCGCGACUGGGGAUGGCAGAGGGAUGAUGGCGACGGGAUGA